AUGGAAAGAAACGGGAGUUUAAAACAUAGGAAAAUUAUCUACACGGAUAGUAUUCGUAAAGAUAAACCAAGUUCACUUAAGUAUGAAGUUCUGGUGUACGCAGACAACUACACAGAAAAUUUGGCGGAGUCAGAAUCACUUAUCACCUUAUUUGGUAACCAUGAACGCAAGGAGACGUGGACUUUUCAUCGACAGGGGAAGGUUACUAGGAUGGAAAUCGAGACGUUUAAAAAUUUAGGGAGUCCAGAAAGAAUGCAGAUUGUACCGAAGGGUUCUGGCCAUUUGUGGUUUUUGGAGAAAAUCCUAGUUGUAGAUCUCCAAAACAGUAACUUAUUUGAAUUCGGACCAUCUUCUUGGAUAGACGAUUCCUCGCCCAGUUUCAACUUUCAACUGCUAAGAAAAAUCGAGAAACCAAACAAAAGAGAGCAUGCCAGUGAUCCUCAGCUUGAUAUUUUAAACUGUCAGAUAAUUUUGGACUCAAUUUUGAGUCAAAAUCAAGAAGAACUAGAACGCACGCUUUCAAAGAGACGCUCGACCAAUGUAAAUGUCCCUUUGCAUGGAACAGAAGAUCGUCUGCUUCACGCAGCAGUGUGCACGGGCAACGUAAACAUUGUAAAGGCGUUACUCAGUCACGCUGAUAUAGAUGUCAAUGUUCACGGUACCCAGGGCCUCACGCCAUUACAUACUGCCAGCUCUCUCACAGAUGGCAACCUCAUCGUCACAUUGUUGGUAGAAGCCGGUGCGAACAUUGAGGCCAGAGAUGAGAGUGGCUGCACACCACUGGCGCUUGCUGUGUUACGUGGUAACCUUCAGUCAGUGCAAGCUAUUCUAAGUAACGGUGCGCGUUUUGACACAACAAAUGAUGAGAACAAAAAUAUCCUACAUCUAGCUGUCACAAACCCAGAGCUUCUGCACUUCUUGUUACAAAAACAAGAAGCAAAACCUUUAUUAAAGAGAUUUGACAAGGUUGGCUGCACCCCCAUUCAUUACGCUGCCAGGGAAAGCGCUGAAGCUGUUCGUUUGAUACUGCAAUAUGGGGGGGACAUCUGCGACCGUGAUGGCUACGGCAGGUAUGCUAUUCACUACACCUCUGACACAGUCGUUACGGGAUGCUUAAAAGAAUUAGUCCACGGAGGUGCUGUUGUCAACUGCGAGGACGACUUUAAGAACAGGCCAUUGCACCUAGCGUGUUCUGCUGGAAAUGCCGCCAUGGUGAAAGCUCUGAUCAAAUUUAAGGCCUCCGUAUCUCAGAACAUAAAAGGGGAGUCUCCUCUUCAUUUGGCAGCAAAGUCGGGAAGUUUAGAUUGCGUUACAGAACUCCUAAAUGUAUUUUCCUCCUCAUUGGAUAUGAUCGAUUGUGAAGGGGACACAGCUCUCCAUGUAUCCGCCCGUCAAGGCCACGUUCAGCUCGUGAAAGCUCUUUUGGACCAGGGGUGCAGGGUUAGUUACAACUGGCAUAGACAAAACGUCUUGGAUGUCGCUAUGGUUGCAGGCAAUGAAGAUGUUGUACUGCUUUUGGCGUCACGACCUGAUUGGGCAAGAUUCCUGCGUUUGCCAAACAGCCCUGACGGCCACCCUCAACUGCCAGAAAUAAUGCAGAAAAUGCCGGACGCCGCAGAAAAAUUUCUAGAUCAGUUCGUCACCCAGGAAGAGGAGAAACAAGAAAAAGAUUCCAAUCCGCUGAUUAAGCUGUUCGAUCACGCACGAAAAAAGGGUUUACGAAUCAAAACUAUAUUUGAGCGAUUGGAUACCAACAAUAGUGGAUCGUUGUCUCGAGACGAAAUCCGACAAGGAUUGCAGAUGAUGGGGACCGAUUUCCAAGAGGAGGAAGUUGACCAAAUUAUUACCACUUUCGAUCGUAAUGGUGACGGGGAAAUAAACUUGCGUGAAUUAUACGAUAAACUUCCCCAGGGUAAUACGUCUUCCUUUCGCCAGAAGAAAUUCCAGCGCUUUCGUUACGACUUCAGGUAUCUGAAAGGCCACGGUGACAAUACUCCACUUAAAGCUUUGAUCAAGAUGGACGCGGUUGAAAACGCUACGUACGUACGAUGCAUGCACCACCCCGUGGUCGAAAAGCUAGUGGCGGUCAGUUGGCAGAAGUUUGGAGUGUAUGUCUACUUCUUGAAUUUCUUCACAUUUGUGGUGUUUUUGUGCCUACUGACCUCUUUGAUAGUUAUGGAAACGGAUAUUCAUUACUUGAAUAUUACCCAUAAUCUAAAUAGCACCUCCGAGAAAUAUGCGGAAGUGUUGCACGGAGGGAAUUACCACACCGCUCUGGCAACAAUUGUCAUGGCAACCAUACUUAUCCAGAUGAUAAAAGAACUGUGUCAAUUGAAAGUCCAGGGAAUAACAGCAUACAUGGAGUUUGACAAUUUUAUAGAAUGGGCCUUAUAUAUCACAAGUUUUCUUUUCACUCUCGGGGCACUUGGUGAGUUUUUACCAAAAGAUUAUUUCAGCGAUGAUGUCCGAAUGCAGCUGGGUUCCGUAGCAGUCUUCUUGGCGUGGUUGGAUUUUGUUCUGUUUCUAGAACUCAUCCCAGUCUUUGGUAUAUACGUCCAUAUGAUCAAGAUACUACUGGGUACCCUUCUCAAAGUCAUUUGGAUAUUGCUUACGUUUGUAAUAGCGUUUGGGUUGGCGUUUUACGCCCUCAAGAACUCGAUCACCAUGUUUCAAACGGCUGGCGUUUCGAUUAUAACAGUAGGUUUGAUGAGCUUCGGCGAGCUCGGUUACCAUGAGAACUUUAUCAAUAGGACGCAACAGUACGAUUUAGGUGUAGUUAUGUUGAUAAUCUUUUGUUUACUAGUUGUGAUCAUCCUGAACAACCUGCUCAUUGGUCUAGCUGUAGGAGAUGUGGAGGCAGUGCGGCACAUAGCUCAGAUGAAACAGCAAAUAAUGUCCAUAGAGCUUUACCUCCAUCUAAGUGACUCAUGGCUGGCCCAACUUCUAAAAAGUCGAGUCAGUCUCGAUGAAUACUUUGAGAACCGUGAGAUACGAAAGAAGCGGGAUGUAUGGGAAAUGCUUAAACCAAUUUUAGAAAUCGGCCUAAAUGAACAUGAAAAUGAAGAGGCAAACGCGGAUUUAAGCAUCCACCAGAAACUAUCUGAAUUAUGCACUGUUAUGAAGAAUAUACAUCAGCGUCUUGAUGCAAUCGAAGAAAGGUGUGACGUUAGAAAAUGGUCCGAAAGAGCGCAGCACCACGAGCAGUUUCCUUCUUGUAAACCAUUCCCUCAAACCCAGUGUUACAUUGGAUCAACUCAGCAGUCCAGCAAAGAAUCAGUAGUAGUAGCUGCGACUGGAAAUAGUCCACAGAAUGAUGAAAGUAAAAUGUGGAAACCGCACAAGCAAAAUAAAACAGUGACAUUCGAUUCAGUGCGCACACGCUACCUGUCUGGCGACAGCGCCCAUACGAUACACGAGGAAGACGUUGACAAUUUACACAAAGGAGCCCAGAUUGCCAACCAAAAACUACAUGCAAAAACUGUAACCUCAGACGGACAGAAUAGCGACUCGGUAGUUUUGGUGUUUGAUGACGAGAACUGUGAAUGCGUAGUAUAA